AUGUCUGACAUUAGUCACAUACCAACAAAUGUUCCUCCAGAAAUCGUGUAUGAAAUAUUGACAUACCAAUUUAGAGAUUAUAUGAAUAAUGAUCAACCAAGUACGUCUGAAAAGUUUAACGAAAAUUUAAGAAAUUUCAUAAGAAGUAAUUUAACGGUAAAUAAGACGUUUUAUCAUAUAUGUAGAAUAUUGAUUUACAAAUAUUGUAAUCUUACUACAGCUAAAAGAUUCCAUAGUUUAUUAAAUACCAUCUCUGACGAAUCUGAGUUAAGAAAUAUUAUCCAAGUGGCAGAUUUCCAAGAAUUAACCUCAAUUGGGUUGGGAAGAACAGGGGAAAUGAAUAAACAGAUCAAAAAUUUGACUAAUCAUACUUUACUUAAAUUUUUACGUUUGACGAAGGGGAAUUUACGAGAAUUUUUAGCGUGUGAACAUAUACAGGAUGAUUUAGAUGAUAAAAUCAUUCAUUUUCUUUUAAAACCAGGGAAAGUUCUGAGUAUAUUAGAUUUUUGUGGUUGUUCUGGUCCUAAUUUUACAAAAAGUUUUAUUUUAGCAUUGAGGGAAUUGUAUGAACAAUCAUAUUCUACUAAUAGUAGUAUGCAAAAUUUAGUUGAUGAUGAUAACAUUUCGAUUGCUUCAUUUAGUACUAUGAAUUCCACAGAUCUAAAUGAAAUAGAAGAUGAGGAUUUCCAUUUUGCACCCGAUGAUAUGAAUUUAAAUGUUACCCCUACAGAAUGUAAUUAUCAAAUUACUUGUCUAGGAUUAAAUGAUUGCACAGAUUUACCGAAUUUUGUUCUUGGUAGACUGUUGAAAUCAUUGCCAGAUUUACAGAAAUUGGAUCUGGCACGUACAUCUAUCGAUGAUAAUAUAUUAAUUAAUGUACUCCCUCAUUGGAAGAAUUUAAGUCAUUUAUCUCUAGGUAACUGUUCCCAGAUUACCCCAAGAGCAAUUUUAGAAUUUUUCAGUCAUCAUCCAGCUGUAACUGAUGAAAAUAAUGAAACUACUUUGGAAUGGUUGAAUGUGGGGACCAUCUCUAAUUCUUCGUCAUGGACCGAGGUUCAUGUUAUGUUUUUCUUGAAGAAACUUUGUCAGUUUGGGCAUAACAAGACUUUAGAAUAUUUAAAUAUCAAUGGGCUUCCUAUUCAUGUGGCUAAUGAACUUAUAAGACCACCAUUAUCAAGAGCCAGCUCUUCGGCACGUCUCUUGGGACAUGACAACAGAACACAUCUAGAUAAUAGAAACUACGAAUCGGUGAUAAAGACCAAGUAUUAUUACCAAUGUAACGAUACAUUGACAUUCAUCAAGUUAAAUUUCCCCAAAUUGAAAAGUUUAAGUAUAAGGAGUAAUAACAUCCCUAUUCCAAAACUUGUGGAAUUUUUGACACCAAUGAGUUCGUCAGAUGCCUCCUUAGAAGUAUUUAAAGAUUUGAAAACCCAUCAGAAAAUCAAGUUUUUAAAUAUUUCAAACAACACAUAUAUUAACAAAUGGAGUAUUCAGGAUACAUCUAUUGUUUCAUGUUCUGAUAGCCUCGUAGCAUUAGAAGUGUCAUUUGAAGCUUGGCAACAGAUCGAAAAAUCUAACAAUGGUGGAGACAUAACAAUUAUGAAAUAUGAUCACGAAACCAACCAAAAUACUACUACAAAAUGGAAAUGUUACCUAGAUUUGUCGUAUGGUAGAAGAUAUUGGCUGUAUAAGACCGAUAAAUAUUUGAAUCGUGAGGAUAUAUAUUCUACGCAGACCAAUUUAACGAGAUUUGAUUCACAAGGUAAUAAAAUUAUUGAAAUCUUCAAGCAACCAGACUUUUUGAAAUUUGCACAAAGUAAAAUCAGUUUAAGUUGUGGCUUAGUAACGAAGAGUAGUUACAGAAGAAAGCAUUGUUACAGAGAUAUCAAGCCUCCUAUUUCUCAAUUUCUGACAAGAAAUGGCGGUAUUGCUUUCGGUAACACAUUUACACCUAUUGUAAGGCCUCCUUUGCCUUCUGGUGGAUGGAGAAUAAUGCCAGAGGAUGAUCCUGAGAAUGAAGAUGGAAGUGAAGACGACACGUUGAGUACUGAAAACAACACAACAUUGGUCAGUGAUUAUGAUAAUGAUGAUCCAUUCUCAGAUGAUAAUAUCGUGACUGCUGCAACCCGUCCUAACAUGAACCAUCAUGAAUCCUCAGGUAACGCGUUAUUCUGGGAUAGGUCGAUGCAUGAUAUUCCAACUAUGGCUCGAAUGGCAGCAGAUGGUGCCUUACCCAACGGAGUGAGACCCGCCGUUAUACCUCCGAGACCUCAGUUAAAUAGACCACUAGUGACACCGUUGGGUAUCUCACAAACAAUCGACCCCGCAAGUGUGUAUGAUGCAGGUGAGAGCAAUGAUGAAUAUUUAAACAACCCUGAAUUGCAGAGAAGACGUUCUCAAUUACAAUUAGGAUUUACUAGAGGACAUAUAUAUGAUAAUACGUCGAACUCAAGCCGUCGAAAUAGAACUACAAACGGUGCACAACUGCAUCCGACACCUUCGGCAGCUAACCUUAAAUGGAGCAACAGCAUGCCGAACGGUGUCACAUCAACUGCACCUAGCAUGGCACAGCCAAGAAGACCGAGCGAUUAUUACUACAGCCAUCCUGACGAGUUUGUAUAUGAUCCAACAGACGACAUUACUACUCUUAGAUACCGUUUACACUUAGCACAAGUUCAAGAAUACAGAACAUUUGGCUGUAUCGAACGAGGAAUGUACCGUUACUACAGUUUAAAGAUGUGA